GCAAGACCCGGAAGUGAGGGUGUGCAAGGCCUCUCUGGAAGUUGUCCCGGGUGUUCGCCGCUGGAGCUCCGGGUCGAGAGGACGAGGUGCCGCUGCCGGGAGAAUCCUCCACUGCCGCCGGCUCCCGGAGCCCGGCCCUUUCCUAACCCAACCCAACCCUGUCCAGUCCCAGCCGCGGACCCCGGCGUUACCAUGAGUCCUGCCGUCUUCCUAUCCUUACCCGACCUCAGAUGCUCCCUGCUGCUCCUGGUAACUUGGGUUUUUACCCCUGUAACAACUGAAAUAACAAGUCUUGAUACAGAGAAUAUAGAUGACAUUUUAAACAAUGCUGAUGUUGCUUUAGUAAAUUUUUAUGCUGAUUGGUGUCGUUUCAGCCAGAUGUUGCACCCAAUUUUUGAGGAAGCUUCCAAUGUCAUUAAGGAAGAAUAUCCAAAUGAAAAUCAAGUAGUGUUUGCCAGAGUUGAUUGUGAUCAGCACUCUGAUAUAGCCCAGAGAUAUAGGAUAAGCAAAUACCCAACCCUCAAAUUGUUUCGUAAUGGGAUGAUGAUGAAGAGAGAAUACAGGGGUCAGCGAUCAGUGAAAGCACUUGCAGAUUACAUCAGGCAACAAAAAAGUGACCCCAUUCAAGAACUUCAUGACUUAGCAGAAAUCACCACUCUUGAUCGCAGCAAAAGAAAUAUCAUUGGAUAUUUUGAGCAGAAGGAUUCAGAAAACUAUAGAGUUUUUGAAAGAGUAGCAAAUAUUUUGCAUGAUGAUUGUGCCUUUCUAGCUGCAUUUGGAGCUGUUUCAAAACCAGAAAGAUACAGUGGAGACAACAUAAUCUACAAACCACCAGGGCAUUCUGCUCCAGAUAUGGUGUACUUGGGAUCUAUGACAAAUUUUGAUGGGACUUACAAUUGGAUUCAAGAUAAAUGUGUUCCUCUUGUCCGAGAAAUAACAUUUGAAAAUGGAGAGGAAUUGACAGAAGAAGGACUGCCUUUUCUCAUACUCUUCCACAUGAAAGAAGAUACAGAGAGUUUAGAAAUAUUCCAGAAUGAAGUAGCCCGACAAUUAAUAAGUGAAAAAGGUACAAUAAACUUUUUACAUGCUGACUGUGACAAAUUUAGACAUCCUCUUCUGCAUAUACAGAAAACUCCAGCAGAUUGCCCUGUAAUAGCUAUUGACAGCUUUAGGCAUAUGUAUGUCUUUGGAGACUUCAGGGAUGUAUUAAUUCCUGGAAAACUCAAGCAGUUCGUAUUUGACUUACAUUCUGGAAAACUACACAGAGAAUUCCAUCAUGGUCCUGACCCAACUGAUACAGCCCCAGGACAGGAAGUCCAAGAUGUAGCAAGCAGUCCACCUGAGAGCUCCUUCCAGAAACUAGCACCCAGUGAAUAUAGGUAUACUUUAUUGAGGGAUCGAGAUGAGCUCUAAAAACUUGGAAAAACAAUUUGCAAGCCUUUCAAACAGCAGCAUCAACUUACAUGGUGGAAAUAGUAAACCUAUAUUUUCAUAAUUCUAUGUGUAUUUUUAUUUUGAAUAAACUGAAAGAAGUUCUGGGUUUUUAAUUUUUUUUUCUCCCUGACUCAAAAUGUAUUGUCAUUUAAUGUAGCCUCUUUUAAAAAAUCUGCUAGGGUUAAAAAAUAAAUAAAAAUCAGAGGCCUAUCUUUACUUUAAAUCUGAGGUCUAUCUUUGCUUUAAAUCUGUCUUGUAAAAUUUUUCUAAAUCAAGUGAAAGGUGACAUUGCCAGAAAUAUACCAUUAACUUGCACUACUAGGUUAGGGAGGACUUAGGGAUGUUUCUUGUGUAGUAUGUGCUUUUCUUUCUUUUCUUUAUAUAUGAUCACCUCUGUUGGUAUUUUAGUUAUCACAUUUCUCAAAGCUAAGGGGGUACGUAUUCUGGAUACUUGGGGGGGGGGGAAUAAAUUAAAAUUUUCACACUGUGUACUGUGUUUUACUGAUUGGUUGGAUAUAGCUUAUGAAAAUUCCAUAGUGGGUUUUUUUUGGAUUCUUAAUGUGUAACUUAAACAUACUAUGAAGAGGAGGAGAGCCAUAAGCCAGAACAUUUGGCAGGAAUUGUCCUUAUGAAUUAAGAAAAAGAAAAUGAAAAGUGUUAUUAAAUUUCUAUGUGUUUGUCUAACAAAGUGUCAUAUGGAUGGCAUUUAAAACUUUGAAUUAUACCUAAAUCUGGGAAAAGGAGAUACUAGUGGAACAGAUUACCAAUAUUGAACUAGAUGUCUUUUAAGGCUCCUCCUAUCAUGAUACUUAAAUUUCCAAAGAGAAAAACCAACAGAGAAAAUGUAUUUCAGUAAUUCUAACCUUCUUCUAUCUUGUAGUCUUGUUCUAGUUGUAUAGAUCAAAAAUGAAGACAAUAAGGCACAUAGGCUGUUUUGUUUUUUCCAUUGUAAAAUUGUUAGAGAACCCUACGCCCUAUAGAUUCCCUGAUCUCCUAGGCCUGCGGUGUAGUCAAAUGGGUCCCUGUGCCAGGCCUCAAUACUGCCAGGGAACAAAACCAGAGGGAGAGGACCCUCAAUGUCAUAUCAGGAAGCCCAAUGCCAGAGGACAGGUUCAAAAUUGGCUUUCCUCUGGGCCUGGGUUGGUGCUAUAGGCCAAGAGUCAUUUUAUACUUGGAGUCUAAGUCAAUCCCAGUUUGGGGAAAGAUUAUUUUUAAGCUUAAAAGGCUGACAUGUGCCAUUAUAUGUAGUAUGUAAUAUAUGUAACAUCUUCCAAUUCUUUUAAAAUAAAUAUUUAUAAUAAAUAUUUAAUGAUUGUUAUUUUUAAAAAUCAGCCUAAAAUUCUUAGUUAUGCAUGACUUACCCAUCAUUUCAUUUAGAAUAAUAAAUGAACACUUAACAAGGUAGUAAAGGGCAUGUUUAGUAGAAAAUGCUAGAAAAGCAGGACAGAGCUUCCUAAAGGUUGGGCCUUAGUUUUCUGUUCUCUUCAUUGCUUUUAAUCAUUAACUUUGAAAUCAGAGCUACAGUCUUCAGGUCAGAAGAUGGACCAAAUGUGAGGUGGUCAGAAUGAAAAGUUACAAACAUUAAACUAGCACACAAAACCAAAAGCAGCACCUGCAGUUGACUGGAAUAAAUUUGUAAUCCUGUAAUUGGCUUUUAAAAAAUAGUAAACAAAAGAUAACACUUAAGAAUUGGGUUGCACAGAAUGGUUUGAGAGUAGUUAUUAUGAUAAAGGCCUCAAGGAGCACAUGUUCAACGUGAUCUAAGAUAACUGAGUGGCUGUUAAAAAAGUGAGUGGAUCUGAGACUUUAUUUAGCAUUCAUGCAUAUGGGGACUUAAGCUCUAGCCCUGCCACUAUCACUGUCUUCUCUAGAGUGUGAAGCCACUGAGGACAAGGAUACUGAAUUGUAUGCCUGUAUCUCCAGUGUCUAGCAUUUCUGGACACUUAGUAGUCAUCAUCAUAUGUUUAUUUAAUGAAUGAGAUAUGCAGCGACCUUGGGUAAUUUUGUAUCCCUGAAAGGCUCAGCACUCACGAGGACUUGGUGCCCAAUUUUAUAGAAAGUUAACAAGCUCAAGUGCGAAACAGCAAAAUGCAUUAGAUAAAAUAAGUUCUUGCCACAGGGCUAGUGCAGGGUCGGGGUGGGGAGAAGGCCUGUGGCUAGGGCAGUGAGAAAGAAAGUUGGAGCUGAUUGUGCAGGGCCUUGUAUGCCAAGUUAAGGAAGGGGUUUUUACUGUAUCUUAUAGCCAGUAGAGAUCCAGCAACAAAUUUAAAUAUGCAAGUAUGUUCAUAUUUAAGUUUGAGAAAGAACACUGUAGCAGGUCUAGGUUAUGAUUAAAUUGAGUCCAGUAGAGGAGAGAGAACGGCCAGAACUAAGACAGUGACAGUAGAGAUGGAGAGGAACAAAUACAAGAGAUUCCACAGGGAUUUGUCAUCAGCUGGAUGUAAAGAGAGAACUUCCAGGAAUCUAGAACUCACAAUUUAGACUUCUUCCCCUCUGAACCAUGCACGAAUCAGACAAUAUUAAAGGUGGAAGUCUUCUUAUUUUGUCCAAUCUACUCCAGGCCUCAGGCUCCUUAGCUGUGAAGAGAAGGGAUGCUAGACUAGACUGAAGAACACAGUCGAGUUGCAAAACCAAAAUUAGACUGCUCGUCAGCCCACUACCUUUUCCAGUUUUUCAAAAAGUGUUACAAUAGUGAGGGGGACCAUAAAAGGAUGAAAACUUACUUUAGAUGAAAUUCUGAACCUUUUUUUUUUUUAAGUUAAAUGGACCUAGAGAGGAAGACAGAGAAUGGGCAUCUAGAGCAUCUCAUGGAGAGCUCUUUGAUGAAGUCAAUUUGUCAAGAUCACAUAUAAAAGAAGGAAAAACUGGCAUGAUAAAGCCUAAAAAGAGCAAAGUGAAAUAUAAAAAACAGUGUUUGAAAUUUUAAAGCUCAGAGUGAGCUUAAAAUUGCAGAAAAUGCUGAAGUUGCCAAAAAAGAAUUAAAAACCUGAAUCGGCAAAAAGAAUAGAAAAGGAGUAUACUGUAAUAACAAUCUGGAAAAGCAGAAUAAUUCAAUUUUUUUUCUCUGACAAGGAGAUCUAGUCUGCCUGGACAAAAAUAAAAUGACAUAAGCAAAACUGCAAAAAUGAGAAGUAAAAAUCUUGUCACCUUGAAUAGUUUUAGGAUUCUCAGGCCCAAAAUUCAGUAUCGCAGAGAGCUGCUGGAUGCUGCAAAUGCUCUGUUAGCAACUGUUGGGAAUUUCUGAGACACCGUGGAGAUUAUAAAGUAACAGACUAGAAAUGGACAAACAGUAUUCCAGUUUUCAAAAUCAUUACAGUUAAAGGGCUUUUUCUAUUUUCUAAAUAAAAUAUGAACCAAACUGAAAUGUUAGUAGUCUAUAUUUGGGGGAAUGAUUUAAAUAACUGUAAAGAAUAAUCAGUUUUUAAGCCCAAUAUUUAAAGACCCUGAAGACAAUAAGUUGUUUUAGGACUUAAAUUGUUUUAUGCUGAUUAUAACUGUUUUAUGUGUUCAUUAAAACAGGUUGGAUAGGACUGCUGCUUGGCAACUGUUUUUUAGCCGUGUUUGAAUUUUUGUAUGUAUUUCCAAGUAAUAAAACUAUAUUUAUAAAAUA